AUGCUUCCUGACAUGGCCGAUCAACAGCUUCCUCGGGAGGGCUCCGAUACCUCUCUGAACGCACUCGCGAACCCUAACAACGGCUCCAACAUCGCCUCGCCGCGAUCCAGUACUGAAUCGCGCUCCUCGUCCCGCAAUCACAACCAGCUCCGCGUGUCACAUAUGCCUCCUGGCAAUCAUCAACACCGCCAGAGCUUUAGCGAGUCUCUGCGUGGUCCUCCCGGCUCGCCGCGGUCUCGGCGACAGCCCUCCUUGACUCAGUCCGCUCUCCAGAGCUUGAUCGAUAACCCGCCACCGCCGAAGAAUGUUGACCCGGCAUUUAUUGGUCGCGAUUGGCAGCAAAUUUCCAUUGGGGAGCUUGUCAGUCCGGAGGACCUGCGCUUUGUUGAGAUGGACACGGGGAUCGAGGAGGCUACUAAUACGCUGAUCGACUCGGGUGCGCCGGUGUUGCUAAUCCGCGAAUCCCCCGAGAAGACUUCUGCUGUGGCUACAUUUGACUACUCGGAUUUGAAUACUUACUUGCUUCUGGCGGCUGGCUUGGCUCAGCCGCAUGAGGAGAACCGAGCAUCGUACGAGGAGCUUGCCAAGAAGGCCCACGAGGGGAAGAAGAUUCCUCUUAAAGAUGUCAAGGGCCUUGGAAUGGAGAAAGAGCCAUUGGUUACCCUGCCCGCUUCAGCGAACGUUCUCACUGCCGUGGAGACCUUUGGCGGCGGAAUUCACCGAGUCGUGGUUGUUAAAGAGUCCAAUGACCUGGAGGUUGUUGGCAUAUUCAGUCAAUUCAGACUGGUGAAAUUCCUUUGGGAAAAUGGAUGCAGUUUCCCGGCAAUUGAGCAGCUUUACCCGCAGGCCUUGGCUCAAUUGCGCAUUGGCUCGCAGAAUGUGGUCUCAAUCAAUGGUGACAAGCCUCUCAGAGAAGCUCUCCAAUUGAUGAAUUCUGAAGGAAUUUCCUCUCUGGUUGUGGUGGAUAAUCACUUUAAUGUGCUUGGCAACAUAUCUACGACGGAUGUCAAGCUCUUGACUCGAACCUCGUCGUUGCCUCUUCUUAAAAACACCUGCACACACUUCAUCUCAGUCAUCUUGUCUACCCGAGGCUUGAUCGAGGGCAAAGACUCAUUCCCGGUCUUCCAUGUCAAUCCGACAUCCACACUCGCCCAUACGGUCGCAAAGAUUGUUGCAACUCGAUCCCACCGGCUCUGGGUAACCGACCCCUCAUCGCCGUCCUCGUCUGGACCUCCAACGCCCUCCCACUCCUCCGCACAUAUCCCUCUGGCCAUACCAUCGGGCCCAGCUCCUACCGGCUCAAAUGCCGCCGCGUCCCCUCCAGCAUCUCCUCUUCCCCCGCCAACAAUCUCUGCACAGCCUACUCCAAGCCAUGCGACGCCGCAUCUUCCAACACCACCCCAUCCAUACACUAACUCCGGAUCAUUCCCUGGCCCUGCAAGCGGAAUCACACCACCCCUUGCACCUUCUAUCCCAGCAUCUGCGCUACCAGGGGCCUCGCUUUCAGGACGUCUGGUCGGCGUUGUUAGUCUGACUGACAUCCUGAACCUGCAUGCCCGCGCGAGUGGCCUUAACCCGGCCGAUCCGGCCGAGUCCCGGCGCCGGCGACGGAGUAGCUCUUCCAGCAUGAGCAUUCGUCGCAGCGGCGACGUCGGUCGGGAGCUGUUCAGCCGUGGUAUCUAG